CCGGUCCGGUCCAGUCCCGUUCUGUCCCGUUCUGUCCCGUUCUGUCUGCGCGGCAAUCCACUCUCCAACCCGCUCUGCAAUCGGUCUCGCGCCCCGGCAGUCUGGUUCGGCCGCCAGCACUCUCUUUCAGCACUCUCUUUCAGCACUCUCUUUCAGCACUCUCUUUCAGCACUCUCUUUCAGCACCCCCUGCCCGUCCCAGCCCACGUCUCCGCCGCCAUGGCCGUCGAGCCCACCCUCCUGCGUUUCAUCCAGCUGACGGACAUCCAUCUGGAUCCGUAUUAUGUGCCCAACUCUGCGCCGUCGCCCAGCUACUGCCACCAAGAGCUCUCCAGCCGCAAGUCCAAACCCGGCCCGUCCAGGAACUCGGCCUACUUUGGUUAUCCCAAUUCGCCGUGCGACUCGCCCGUUCAGCUCAUGAACAGCACCUUGCAGUUCAUGGUCGAUAGCGGCAUGGCCGACUCGCUGGAUGUGAUCUUCAUGACCGGCGACUAUACCAGACAUGAUCGCGACAACAAUCUACCCGUCAAGAAAGGCGAACCGACCGAGCAGAACGAAAACGUGGUGUCGUUCCUCACAAGCGCAUUCAACACAAGCCGGGUGCAGGUGGUUCCUGCCAUCGGCAACUGGGAUGUCUGGCCGCACAACAGUCUCAAGGCCGGUCCCAACGACGUCCUCGACGGGCUCUAUGAGAUCUGGAAGCCCUUUCUCAAGGGCUCCAGCAAGGCCGAGAAGAAGGACAUUGCCGCCAGCUUCAAGCGAGGCGGCUACCACCAUCGCGAGCUCGUCCCCGGGGCCCUGGAUGUGAUUGCAACCAACAGCCUGUAUUGGUACAGCGACAACCCCGAGAUUCCGGACUGUGUACCGCUCUCGCGAAGCCUCAGCGACUACGCCCUCAAAAAAUCAAAGGAGCCCGGUGACGUCGAGCUGCAGUGGCUCGUCACCAAGCUGACCCACAUCCGCGAAGCCGGCAAGAAGGUCAUGAUCGUCGGCCACAUCGCCCCGACCGACGCCAGCGGCGAGCCGUCGUACCGGAAAAACUGCUACGAGUGGUAUUCUCAGAUCAGCGGCGAGUUUUCCGAUGUCAUCCUCGGGCAGCUCUUUGGGCACAUCAACCAGGACAUCCUCACUGUCCUUGUCAAGUCAGCCUGGCAGCGCCCAAAGGCAGAGUCGCAGUAUCGCUUCAUGCCCAUCACCUCAUCGGUUCUCUUCCAAGAGCGCUAUGCCUUCCCGCAAUGGAACAUUGUUGGCUUCUACCACACAUCGCCCUCGAUUGUCCCGGUCUUCAAUCCCGGGUUCCGCGCCGGGUCCUUGGCCAUCACCAACGACGGCACCAACCAGUCCUUUAUCCAGCACUAUGCCCAGUAUCAUCUGGACCUUGAAGCCGCCAACCGCCAGUGGGAUCGAGAGCACGCCGAUCCUCCGCCCCGGAAAAAGCCCGGCAAGGCCCGUUUCCAGAACGACUCCGAGCCGUUCCAGUAUCAAGUCGACUGCCACUCGCUCGAGGACUUUGGCAUGCAGCGAAUGGAUCCGCAAUCCGUCGGCCGUCUGCUCGCUCGAAUGGGCAGCUCCAGCACAAAGAGCUCGACCCUGAUCCGGCAGUACAAGGCCUGCAUGACUAUCCACUCGAAUCAGGUGGACCUGAUCAUCGACGAGACGACGCUCUUUUGGAUCAUGGCCGGCGUGGCUCUGUCGUUUGUGAUGGGAGUCGUUGGAUUCCACCUCCAGAUGCGGCGCCAGCGUGUGUCUUCGGGCGAGCGGGAUCCUCUGCUGUCGUAGAUCGACUGGCGGCAGCAGACCUCCUCUGCGAUAACGGCCAUGGGACCGCUCCCAUUCACCCCCCCCCCACAUCCGGCUCUCAGCUUUAUGAGCUUCGCUCAACCGAACUUUAUUCUCACAAUCCAUCCGUCGGCCACUCGUCGCCCUUCGCCGCAUGUUUCCUUGCCCUGCACCCUCAUCAAUGUCCCCUGCCUUGUUUUUUCCAUCUGCUCUUAGUUCUCAGCUCUUCCACAUACACCAGAGACUUGGCCUUUCUUAGUCCGCGUGGCCAGACAACCUGCUUUGUUCGCGUGCCAUUGUGCGGUCUAUUUCUCAUCGUUCACUGCCAGUACAAGCCAAAUGAUAAACCUCUUGCUUGGCUUGAGGCGGCGUGAUUU